AUGAAUAUGGUAAAGAGGACAGCAAGCCAAAAAAAUACUAAAGAGACCGAAAAGCCUGAAGAUGUUGGUAAGGCAAGCAAACCUGCAGAAAAACUUCCAGGAAAGAAAAAAAGCAAUAUUGAGAAGAACCUUGAUAUUGUCUUUGACAAAAUGAAACAAACGGCAGAUACUGACUUUGAGAAGUACUGUAAGGGAUAAAACAAGUGAUUUGUCAGCAAAAACUUCCAAUAUCAGUUAAGGUUUGCCAUAAACUAGUUCCUGCAAACGUUUGACAAUUUAUUUUUUGGCCUUUGAGAAUACACAAUCAAAUUUAUUUCAAAUUUUUACCAGCCACAUGAUUACAUUUUUCAUUAGGUAUCAAAAACUGGAGGAGCAAAGAAUUGCUGAAGAACAUGAAUUUAUAAUGAAGCAAAUAAAUCUGGAAAAAGAAAUGAGGAAAGAAGAAAGGGAACACGAGUUUCGCAUGAUGCAAUUGUUGAAGGGACAUCAAGCUUAUUCCGCUAUAAUGUUCCAUUACCAAACCCAUUGUACCAUUCAAUGUGCCUGUUUCUGUCGCUCUAAAUAG